AUGCCAUCCAUGCCUGUAAAGAAGCCCCUUAAGCCACUCCCGAAGCCGCCAACCAUUGCCCAACUCCUCAGCAAUGCAAUCAAGAUUGUUGACAUCAUGGUCUCCACCAUCAACAAGCCAAAUUUCUCGGUUGCAAAAUAUGCGGAUGGCGUGCUGAUCUGGGAUGCGGUGAUGCUCCUCGUGAGGAGCAGGGAAAGACACCGUGUUGCCAAUCUCCCUGAGGUGUGGCUUGACCUGCUGCUGGAGGACAAUCAAGAGGAACUGGUCCAACUGACCAGGCCAGCAGAGGAGAAGAAGGAGGAGCAGGAGCAGGAGCAGGAGCAGGAUGAUGCUGAUGAGUUUUUUUGGCAAUCUGCCAGACAAUUUCUCAGUAUGUCUGUCCAAUGGAUGUGCUUUUUUCAUGUCACUGAUUUCUUUUGUCAGAAACAUCAUUCCACCACUGCGUCAAGCCCUGCUGUGGCCAACAAAGAGCAGUCUGUCAAGGCGAAGCCGAGUCCCACAAAAGGGAAAGUGGUGGCCACUGCCCCCACACAUGCCAGGCAUGGUAGGCUGAGCAAGGCAGCCACCCAAUGCGUGGGUUGGCUUUCGGAGGAGACACUGGCCACUCUCCUGCUGGUCUCUAAGAAUAAUGUGGUGGUGGAGUCCUUCUUGGAGGAAAAUUGUGCCAAAAAGCACAAGAGGGAGGAUGACAAGGAUGCACCUGGGCCAUUGCAAAAGUGGUCCCACCUUCCAGAGGCUGAAGUCAAGCCACUGGUUGCACUGCUCAGUACGGUGGAGCACAAGAUGCUGGAGCUCCAGAAGAGCCUGCAAAUGGUGCAGAAAGCACUGGACACCAUAACAAGCUGGGCAGAGCAGGUCCAGACUCUCCUGGGGAGGGCUCUGGCAGAAUAA